CGUUACCUAUUUGCCUGAUAAAGACAGCUGAAACAUGGUCUUAUCAGCGAAGAGCUCCAUUCACUGAGUUGCUCCCUAAUCAGAAUUUAAUGUUGCACUCAGUUUCGUAGCAAAAGGUAGUUCAAGUGGCUCGCUGUGAUUCCUAACCAAAUAUACUCAAAAACUUUUCUUUAAAAAAACAGUUUGUGGAUAAAAUAAAAUCAUGUCUGUUUUUAGACAUAUUGGCAAGUCCAUACUUCUGAAGCAUAAUCAAUCAGCACUAACAUUACAAGCCAGCUUCUUUCAUAAAAGCCACUCAGUGAAAUCCAAAAACGAUUACCUGAUAGACACACCUGAGUAUGAUUUCCUCAAGGAUAUUGGCAUAGAACGCGAAAACUUUGGUGUGUAUAAUGGUUCGUGGCAAGGUUCCGGUGAGGUAAUAACGUCAAUAGAUCCUGGCACGGGACGCAAAAUCGCCAAUAUCCGCAUGGGUAGUGUUCAAGAAAUGGACGAGGCGAUACAAAUUGGAGUUAAAGCCUAUGAACAAUGGUCUCAGGUGCCGGCUCCGGUGCGCGGCGAUGUUAUACGUCAAAUUGGCGAGGAAAUGCGUAAAUAUAAAGAGCCGCUGGGAAAACUUGUAAGUUUAGAAGUCGGUAAAAUACACAGCGAAGGGCAGGGUGAAGUUCAAGAGUUUAUUGAUAUUUGCGAUUAUGCUGCGGGACUUUCACGCAUUUAUUCAGGCCAAGUGAUUAAUUCUGAACGACCUGAACACAUAAUAUUGGAAGCAUGGCGUCCUUUAGGCUUGGUGGGUGUUAUAUCAGCUUACAAUUUUCCUAAUGCCGUUUUUGGCUGGAACGCCGCCAUCGCCCUGACUACCGGCAAUAGCGUACUUUGGAAGGGAGCACCAACGACAUCGCUCGUCUCGGUGGCAACUAUGAAAAUACUCGCUGAAGUCUUAAAUCGUAACAACUUACCGCCAAUUGCGACACUAUGUCAAGGUGGAGCGAAUGUAGGUCAGCAACUUGUAUCCGAUGCCCGCGUGAAGCUGGUGUCCUUUACUGGUAGCUGUGCAACCGGACGCAAUGUUGGUGUUGAAGUACAAAAACGUUUUGGCAAAGUCAUCUUGGAAUUGGGUGGCAAUAAUGCGCUGAUAGUUGAUCAGGAUGCUAAUUUCCAAAUGGUAUUGGAAGCAGCUCUGUUCGGCUGCAUCGGCACAUCCGGUCAGCGUUGCACGACUACUCGGCGCAUAAUCGUACACGAAAAGUUAUACGAUCGUUUGGUUAAGGAAUUAGUCGCUAAAUACAAACAAGUUCUGCCUAAAGUCGGCCAUCAAUUAGACCCCAACACGUUAGUGGGGCCAGUUCAUUCGCAGCAAAAUAUCGAACACUAUAAAGCUGCCAUAGCCGAGGCUGUUAAGCUCGGUGGUAAAAUUGCAUUUGGCGGUAAGGUUAUACAGAGUGAUGGUUUCUAUACCGAACCGACGAUUAUUACUGAUUUACCACACGACUCACCAGUUGUACAUCGGGAAACCUUCGCACCGAUUGUAUAUGUGUUGAAAGCGAAAUCCAUUGAGCAAGCCAUCGCGUGGAAUAACGAGGUGGAUCAAGGUUUAUCUUCGGCGAUAUUUACCGAAAAUAUAUCGAAUGCAUUUAAAUGGAUUGGUCCACAAGGCUCCGACUGUGGAAUUGUAAAUAUAAAUACAACAACUAAUGGUGCGGAAAUUGGUGGUGCUUUCGGUGGAGAAAAGCACACUGGCGGUGGUAGAGAAUCGGGAUCUGAUGCCUGGAAGCAAUAUUGUAAACGAUCCACAAUCACACUGAAUCACUCUGGUAAAUUGGCGUGCGCUCAAGGUGUGGUUUUCAAUGUAGAAUAAAUAUGUAUGGAUUUUUAAAUAAAAUAAUCUGUUGUAUUUUUUAAA